GUUGCCUUGGUGGCUGCAUAAGCAAACAGGCGUCCGGUAUGAUGACUGCGCUGUCGACAUUCGAAGACAAACGGAAUGAGCUUGGCAAGAAUCUCAAAUUUCCUUAUGCAAGACUGUAUCCCAGGUCGCUCUUCGCAAAAUACUUUCAUGUCAUUUUCUCGGUAAUCCAGAGUGAUGAGGCAAUAUGUCGGAGUACAAGGACUGGACGCGCGAGACUGAGAACGCGGUCCUUGACGAAGUCGCAGCCGCUCAGCGCGACAGCCCCGAGCGUACUGAUCCGCCCCAGACAAUUCCACCCGGCCAGCCUUCGGAGGACACGCAAGUUGAUAGAACCGAAUCGCCUCCGCGGCCAAGUAAUUCAUCGCACUGGGAACCCCGGCCAGGUUUCGCGCACAUCGACGGCGAUGUUAACGGACGCGGGUACAAUGAGACGUUGGUCGACAUCGUCUGCGUGCCAUGUCCCGGAGCCGACCCGGUCGAGACCUGGGCCCGCGAUCCACUGCCAGAUGGGUACUUCGGACGGGCCGCCGAUGUGCCGCCGACUGCUUUGAAAGAGCUCGCGGGAGCUAGUAUUCUGUCGCCGACCAUCAACCGGCAUCUUCCCAAGGCAACGCAUCUUUGGGUGAGACAGGGGAUUCGAAAGGAGGUCAGCGAGGCUCGCGUGCUACUUUACCGGCAUCGCGAGUUGGUUGAGGGAAUCACGUUGGAAGACCUUGCGAACGAUUUGAUCGAGCAAGUAUGGAACACAAGAUAUGGCAAUCAACGGUCUCGUCCAUUAUUCUUCAUCGCGCAUAGCAUUGGCGGCUUAGUCGUUAAGUUGGCUCUUUUGAAAGCAAUCAAGAGUGAACUAUUCAAGCCAUUCAUGUAUAACUGCCAUGGAGUUACCUUUUUCGCAACGCCGCACAAGGGCUCAAGCUAUCUGUCAAUGAAUAACCUUGAGGGCAGUAUUCGCCACCUUCUUCGUCUCCAGCGACCACUUCCACGCUCGAUAUCCAAUGAUUUGAGAUUAGGCCACAAGCCGCUUCUCAAGAUGGACGAGGAAUUCUCAACUAUUGCAAGCGAGCUCAGAAUCUGGUCUUUCUAUGAGACUAUCGACUCCCAGCUUUCGGGCUCUGGGUCAACGAGUCGAGGCUUAGCGAAGGAAGUCCGAUUCGGUGCUCCCAUUGCUUCCAUCAAGUCAUCAUUACUAGGCGUGAGGCAGGAACGAGUAUUUUCUCUGGAUAGCGAGCAUGCAAACUGCGCAUCUUUUGGCGAGGGAAAUACAGAGACGAUGAACACAUAUCUGCACGAACUCUCCGCUGCGGUCCAAAAGGCGACGGAUCUUAGUUCCCAGUAUAUACACACGCCGUUGAAUCUCAAGAGACACAUCAAAGUCGAGAUAAUCGGCUUCUAUGAAGACCCAGACGCAGAUAUGGAGUCCGCCAUUCGUCUGUACUUCACGAAGCUUCAUCUACAAGAGUUUCUGGACAAAGGCCCCGAACGGUGCCUGGAAGAGCGAUUAAGAAGAUCCACACUCCGGCCGCGGUCCGAUCCCAAUCCGCCUCACCCAAGCCAGGAAGAAUCACAGCAUAGCUCUCAUGGUUUAGGUAUCAUGGCUGGUUUCCAAGAGCUGGGGCAAAAGAUAUGGCGAGCUGGCUCAGACACUGGGAGUCGGCCCAAGAGCUCGGAUUCAGAAAGCCAGGGCUCGCCCGGCAUCGUCGUCACUCGCCCUUCCAUGGCUGGGGGCUCUAAUUCGAUGCCUGUGGACGCUCUUCGUCGAAUGCAAAGCCUCAAGGUGCCGGCUUUAUCUCCGCCUGGGUUCAAUCGGCCAUCCAGCCGAGCCAGCAACGCCGACAGCACACGAUCAGAUCCAACGGAACUAGAGUUAUCACCAAGGACGCCAGAUCCCGAGCCUUUUGCGGCAGCAGGCAUGGAGAAGAGCUAUUCGGAGCCACUUUCUAGACGGCAAGAUCGAUACUCGAGAGCUUCCGCCUUGGAGGACCUGACAGCUGGGUUCUCCAGACCUGAUCCGACUGGCAGAAAGUUCAUGUGGAUUCACACUCCGUUUACUAAUCCCUCUUGGGUCAAGGAUGUUUUUGGUGUUCUAGCCAACCCUAACGACCCAAGCUUCGUGAAACUCUUUAAUCAUGAUAACUGGGCAUCGAAGCAUGUGAUUGGAAGGCAUUCCCAAUCGCAAGCGUCAUUCGUCAAACCGGCCUGCAACAUGAUUCCUCUCAACUCCGUCCCCUCACCUCAUCCAUCACCCAAACUCUCGGGUCGUGUUAGUCCAGCUGGGCCUUCAUCAGCGUAUCUGUACAUGUACCUUCCAUUUCUGCAUUUCGACACGUACAUCGACAUUGUCCGCCGACGCAACUUCAUCAAACAACGCAUGCAGCACGGCAGAUCUCGUCCUGUUCCGCGAGACAUUGCGCAGCUAGACUCUGCGGAACUUCGAAUGAUCUGGGAGUACAUAGGAUAUGACCCGCCGCUCAACUAUCGCCGGACUCUAGAUCAGUUUGCGUAUCCUUCCUUGAGAGACACCUGGGCCCGCGAUGAUGAUCAGAUGCUUUAUAAGCUGACCAAGGACCGCGCUUCCACUGGUGUUGACAUGGAACAGCUAGGGCUCCAGAGGAGACAGACCUCAGGGUCGACAUGGAGCCCGAUGAACAAGCUGACGCCUUCGAGCACGGGGUUGCUGGAGGAAGAUGUCAAUACGGAUGAAGAAGACCAAGAUCUCGACGAGGUCAUCAAGGAUGGCAAGGUUUUGAUGGUUGACGAGCUUUGGCUAUGGGCCAUCGACACCAAAACCUUGACCACAUUCUUCAAUAGAAGGGAGUCAAAGCCUAAGGAGGGACCCCUGUUCCAGCAGGCAGAUCUCAGAAAUAGCGUAUACAAUGAGCUAAACGGCGAUCUCACAGGCCGUUGUGAGAAUGCACUGGACCUUGCAGCCUUCAUUGUACUCCACGCAGUCACCGUUCUACUUGACCGGGCUUCGCAUCCAGACCUCGAGAUCUUCAGGAUCUUUGAAGAGGCAAUCAGCAUGCUCACUGAGCGUAUGACUUCCUCCUUGAAGCACUUCCGCAUGCAGACGUUCAAAGAUGUGGGCUUCGAUUCGGACUCGGACAGCAACCGGCCGGAAUCCAUCAAGAGGCGCCACAAGCGGGAGCUCGAAGAAGCCGAGCGAGAGAACCGCGAGAACACGUCAGCGCUGAUGGAACUCAGGGAUCUAGAGGAUGAGCUCAAGUCUCUCGAAAGGCUAUUUGAAACCCAGGAUGGUGUAGUUCGAAACAUGAAGUCUAUUUUUGAGGGAGAAGACCUCAAAAGUGUGACAAAGAACGGACAGAUGUACCUGGAAGAAGCGUUAGCCAAGCUCGAUGAGUAUAAGAGUCAGACGCUUGAGAUGAUGAAAAGAGUUGACACGACGAGAAAUGAUUACGAGAAACUUCUGGAAAUGGUCCAACGCAAGGCUCAAGUCGACGAAGUUCGAUGGUCUCGACUUCAAACCGAGCUGGCCUCCUCGCAAAAUCUCUCCGUCAUGAUCUUCACCACAUUUACCGUCAUUUUCCUCCCUUUGUCCUUCUUCACGAGCCUAUUCGGUAUGAACACAGUCGAAUGGAGCGAACAACUCCCGACCAUCGGCUUCGUUGGCGCUGUCUCACUACCCCUAUCCGUUUUCAUAAUUGCAGCAGCACUCAUCGCGGCGUUCAGCAGUCGUGUACAAGGAAUCGUUCGAAUGGGGUAUAAGAGUGGUAAGAAAGUUGUACUAUUCAUAGCAUCUGGCAUCAAGAAGGUUGUGCCACGAAAGAAGAGGGAGAAGAGACGUGUCAAUAAGUUGGAACGGGAAGAGAGACGCACGAAGAGGAAAGAUGGCGGAUAUGACUUCUGGGAGAAUGUGAGGAUGGAGAGAGCAAGCGUGUAUCGGAUUCCGGAUGUUAAUCGCAACAAAACGGAAGCAUGAUACCAACUAGCUUUCAGGGACAAUCGUUCAAUCAAUCAUGUUGCUUAUAAUUAUUUACAAGAACGU